AUGCAUGACUCCACUUCUGACAGCAACAUGACCAAGCAGGAGCAGAACUCUAAACAAAUGGACGAUCACAGAGAAACAGACAACGUGUCGGAGAAGACGUCACCCAAUAAGAACCCCAAGUCUCCACAAAAAGGCUCCAAACGCAUCAAAAUGGCCCCCUUCAAAGUGACCUUAUUGGACUCCACUGAGUUUGAAGCAGAAAUUGAGAAACACUCCAAAGGACAGGCUCUGGUGGAUCUGGUCUGUGAGCACCUGAACCUCCUGGAGAAGGACUACUACGGCUUGACCUUUGCAGACUACGACACACAGAAGAACUGGUUGGACCCCUCCAAAGAGAUCAAGAAGCAGAUGCGCAACUCUCCUUGGCUUUUUGCCUUUGCUGUCAAGUUCUACCCUCCAGACCCGUCGCAGCUCACUGAAGACAUCACAAGGUACUACCUGUGUCUGCAGCUGAGAGAAGACAUGCUGUCUGGCCGUUUGCCCUGUUCUUUCGUCACUCACGCGCUGCUGGGCUCUUACACCGUGCAGGCAGAGCUGGGGGACUACGACCACGAUGACCACGGCCCGGACUACGUCAGCGACUUCCGCUUUGCCCCAAACCAGACCCGAGAUCUGGAGGAGAGGAUCAUGGAGCUCCAUCGCAACUACAAGGGGAUGACUCCGGCCGAGGCUGAGAUUAACUUCUUAGAAAAUGCGAAGAAGCUGUCGAUGUAUGGAGUGGACCUUCAUCACGCCAAGGACUCAGAAGGGAUUGAAAUAAUGCUGGGAGUGUGUGCCAAUGGGCUGCUGAUUUACCGCGACAGACUGAGGAUCAACCGCUUUGCUUGGCCUAAGAUCCUCAAAAUCUCAUACAAGAGGAGCAACUUCUACAUAAAGAUUCGCCCAGGGGAGUACGAGCAGUUUGAGAGCACCAUUGGUUUUAAACUUCCGAACCACAGAGCUGCCAAGAGGCUGUGGAAGGUCUGCAUCGAGCACCACACAUUCUUCCGUUUGGUUUCACCGGAGCCUCCCCCAAAAGGUUUCCUGGUGAUGGGAUCAAAGUUCCGCUACAGUGGCCGAACACAGGCCCAGACCAGACAGGCCAGUGCGCUCAUCGACCGGCCUGCUCCACACUUCGAGCGCUCCACCAGUAAGAGGUUCCUUUUGUCACGCAGCCUGGAUGGAGAGUUCUCUCGGCCCAUGUCGUCCAUGUGUGAGAACCACGACAGCCUGUCCCACCGCAGCGUCGGCGAGCAGAGGCACCUGCAUACUCCGUCUGGGGACGAGCAGGAGACGGAGCUGGAGCACAGUCUGGAGCAGGACGACGAGGACCGAGAAGCAGAGCUGGACCGCUACAGUGACGAGGACGGCAACGAGACGCCCACCAGGAAGAAAGACGUCAGGUUCCUGGACAAGUCCCAGGACGUGUUGCUCAAGCACCAAGCCAGCAUCAACGAGCUGAAGAGAGCUCUGAGGGAGCCCAACAGCAAACUGGUGAACCGAGAGACGCGCCUGUCCUCCACCUCCCCGACUGGCACCCCCGAGAAGAAAGCAUCCGUGGCCCACGGCAGAGAACCUGUAAACAGCCUGUCUAUGGAGGGCUUUGUCCAGAAGACUGUGAUGACGUCUCCUGAGGGUUCCGAGGAGUGGGUAUUGAUUGAAAAACAAGAAAGUUAUCAAGAGCAUGACUGGAAGGCAGAAGAAAAGAACCAACUGGCUGCUUCUCCUUCCUUCACUCCGGAAAGCGCUUGGGAGCCAAACGAGCAGGAGAUAGACGUAAGCCAGAUGAGACAAACAGAGGUAACAGGGUAUGACAGGAAAGAAAUGAAAAGCCAUAUCAAUGAGAUCCCCUCGACCAAAACGGCCCAGGAGGGAGAUGUGUGUGCCGACCACGGACCGCCAAACAAAAGCCGCUUUGUGAUUCAAUUACUGGAGGAUGCAGAUAAAUCUUUAACUAAACCUCCUCAAGCGCAAGACCUAGAGGCAAGCAGUAGCGUUGCUCUGGGCCCAAGACAGAUAAAGGAACGCCCACGCAAAAAGAGGCGUCCACAAAGUUUGAACACGGGUUUGCAAGGAGAGUACCGAAAAGGAGGAGGAGAUUCUUCAGGAGAUGACAAUUCUGAAUCAGGCGAUAGCAACGAGGAGGUCUCUAGAGUUGUACAUCGCGGAGAGUCAAUGGAUGCAGUGAGAGAUUAUCAGCUAUUUGGAAAGGAAGAGGGUAUUAGGGCUUGUAAGAGUAGCAAACACGAUAGAUCUGCUAUUGAGUCCAGAGAAGUGUCCCGGCAGACUGCAGAAGGUGUGAAGAAAAUAGUGAAUUUGGUAGAUAUUGAUUCCAGCCCUGUGAAUGGACCCGGAAAGGAAGAACAGGAUUGUUCAUUAGCAGUGCUCAAGGGGGUGUCAAAGGUGAGAGGGAAGGGUGUUAUUGACAACAAUGAGCUAGCUGAGGUUAAGCUACGCCAGGUAAGGACCCACGAGAGGAAAGUGAGUAGUUCAGGAGGGGAAGACUUCGACAUGACCCUCGGAGACAGAUGCGAGAAGAGGACAUCUCUGCACAGACUGUCGGGUAGUCACCAGUCGGAGAUCACCAGGAUUGUCCCUUUGAAGCCUGAGCGCUCCAAGAGUGUGGCGUGCAAAGACGAACGAGAUCGACCGGGACAAGACGAACUGCGACAAGUGUUCAGAAGAGAGUAUCGUUGGUCCGUCGGUUCACCGGAAGGAUCGUCAGACCUCAACUGGACUGAAGUCACAGCAUUCCACCCGGAGAACCUCAGAGAGUCCGAUUCUAAGACCGGAACUCACGAUCACGCUGGAAAAGGGCCCACAGAGAGCCAGUCGUUCGGUUCAAAGUUGUCAACAAUACCUAAAAUGGCUCCACCAGCUCCGCCAGUCAAAACGCAGAAGGUGAGGGAGUCGGGGCUGAUCCUGAGGAACAGUCGGAGUGCAGGUCGGGAGCAAGGCCUCGAUGCGGCCAAGAAGAGACUAUCGAAGGAGCUGGCGGAAAGGAAACCCGAGACCGGCGUCGCAUCAGAAGAAGAAACCUUGUCCAGCGUCAGAGAGAGCCAGCUGGGCAUCGAACGCAAGUGCUCCAGCAUGACGGUCAGCUCCACGUCCAGCCUGGAGGCUGAGGUGGACUUCACGGUCAUCACGGAGCUACAGAGCGGUGCCGAGGACUUCCACAGGGGGGCGCUGGAGGCCGGAGAGCGUCAGCCAGAAGUGGGGAGAGAAGACUUCGAGGAGACGUCAAGGUUCUACUCCGCCAGGCUCAUGGGCACAAGGGAGAAGUCGCCCCUGAUGGAGGAGAGGGCUGACGAGGCCUAUCAUCCUGAGCCUCCAGUGGCUCGGAAAGAUCCCAGUUCAGUGAGAAUGUCGCAAAUGCUGAAGAAGUCUGAGUUGCACAGUAAUGGAUCCGAAGUCCACCACAUCACCAACAUCAUGAACAUAGAAUCACAGAGCUACAGAGAGGUCAGCCCCCGAGAUGUCUCUGCCCCGGGUGCUUUUAAGGAGAACGGCUCCCCUGUAAAGAGCAGCAGCGGCGGACGAGAGUCGGUCGUGUCUCCUCUGACCAUCACUGCUGAGAGCGUCACCUCGGCAACCACAACUCAAGUUACCAAGACGGUGAAAGGCGGCUACUCCGAGACCAGGAUAGAGAAGAGGAUCAUCAUCACCGGGGACGACGACGUGGAUCAGAACCAGGCUUUAGCCAUGGCCAUCCAGGAGGCCAAGCAGCAGCACCCAGACAUGCUGGUGACAAAAGCAGUGGUCAUCAGAGAAACAGACUCUCCCACCGAUGAACUACAGCACAGGACUCAGUCAUGA